AUGAGUGGUGGAACCUCGAUAUUGGGCAAUGCUGAGCCCCUCUCAGAUAAGGAUCAGGAGGCCAUCACCUGGUUCCGGAAGGCCAUCGACAAGGAAAGCCAUGGGAUGAUGUCCGAUGCGGUGGAAUACUACCGUAAGGCAUUCAAAAUCAACGAACAAGUGGAUGCAUUAUACCGGGCCAAAGAUGUUCCCCACACCGCCAAGAAGCUAGAGGCUGAAGGGGGAAAGAACACACUCAAGAAGGUAGAUGAGGAAUUGGUCAAGCGAAUCAACGUUGACACACUUCUCCUGAGUUUCCGCGAUAUUGAGGCCAAAGCACCCAACCCAUUGGAGGAUGAAAGCUCGGAUCUUACCAUCAAAUUUGCCAACCUUGGCGUCGACGGUCACGAAGAGGUCGCAGAUGUGAAGCCAGUUUCGCCUUUGGUGCAUCUUCCCAAUGAUAUCUGGAUCCAUAUCCUUGAAAUUCUAUUGAUCACAUCUCCAGAAUCGUGGUUCAGCUUUGCUAUCACCUGCAAAAAACAUGCUUACCUCGGUCUAGGUACCUCUGAUUUGUGGAGAAAACUAUGCUAUCUUGUCUACCCUUCCCAAGUAUAUGAGGAGAAUAAAAUGAUCACCGAUCGAUUGGGGGUGGGCGAGGAGUUGGACGAAUCAGCGUUGCCAGUCCCACUCAACCAGCUCGAAAUUUUGCCACAAUACAACAAUUCGUGGAAGUUUAUGUUGAAUAACCGUCCGUUUGUCAAAUUCCUUGGGUGUUACAUAAGUGUGGUCAAUUACUACAGUGAAGGAGGUAAGGCGGAAUUCUCAAAUAGUUGGAGCAAUCCGGUACGAACCAUCACUUAUUACAGGUACCUCCGUUUCUAUCCAGACGGGACGUGUGUGAAGGUACUUUCGGCUUCGGAACCAAACAAAGUCAUCCCCCAUUUACUGAAGCACAGCAAGAGUAUUGCCCCAACAAUAGAUCUCACAGGCGUACCUCAAAUUAAAGAAAGUCAAAGGAUUUAUCAUGGAAGAUGGACAGUCUCGUCCGAUGGCGAGGUACAUGUGGUCAUAGAGAAUGGCUCUGCAGCAUAUUACGUAUUCCAUUACCACUUUCAGGUCAAGUCUUUGGCCAUUUUCAAACACAGUAAGCUUUCGUGGGUAAAAUACUAUGCAGUAAAAAAAGAGGGCCAUGAUGACGAGGGGGAAGAAAAUCCAUUUGCAAUCAGAAACGAAAAGCCCUUUAAAUUCCUGCGCGUUAGAAGCUAUACUACUACCAAUUAA